GGAGUUCCUUUCGCACAAGGAUUCUGAGAAGAAGGGGAAAGCGGCGAAGAAGCUUGUCAUUUGAGUGGGUGUAUAAGUUUGCUAUUAUAUCGGUUGAGCAGUUAUAAAUAGAUUUGCUGGAUAUGCGUGACUCAUUUGUAUGGAAUAUUCUCAUUUCAAGCUGCUGCGACGCAAUAUUUCUUCGUACCUGAAGCUGUGCAGUGCUGUGCAGCCAUGGCGGUGUGACGCUGCGCGUGACGCAAUCAAUGUGGCUGCGUAAUAUGAUUGUCUCCUGUAUAAAGACCCUAUGACAACAGCUCCAUACGCCAUUAAAAUCUCCUCUCUCUAACCAGGAUGUCUGUAUCAGGUUUUUUGUCAUCGUUUGCGGACAAAGCACAAAGUGCCAUCAGUCAGACCCCUCUCUCCGGCUAUAUCCCCGGCACCACCGAUCAACCAUCUGCCAAUCAAUCAGCAGGUCAGGGCGGCCAUCGUUCAGUGGCUUUGGAGGCAUUGCAGCAUCAAUUUCGCUCCAUCGGUCAACAAUAUACCAGUACCACACCGGUGCAAAGAAUUAUCACCUCUGAAAAAGGUGUUGCAAUCGAUUGCGAUGCUCUCGCUAGGGAUGCAAAGGUGCAAAGCAAGGAAUUGUACACAUGGGGUCAGACACAAGCAGAAGAUCUCAGGGAUGUAACGGAUAGAUUGGCUUACUUGAACUUUGUUCAGGGAUCUCUUGCAUCAUCGGUUGCGAUGAAGCUCGACGGUGCACGGGCGCCGUUUAAAGCUCUUCGCGAUGCCGAAGCUGUUCUUACUCCAAAGCGCAACUUCCGUGCUGGAUUGCGCAACCAGAUUUCUCGUAUCGAGCAUAAUCAGGAGAAGGGCAUGGAACGGAAGCUUUCUGAAUUAAAACAGACGCUGUCCAAGGCUGAACACGUCGACGAGCCCCUCGAAAAGGAACUUGAGAUCUUGAAGCGGAAGGCGGUUCGCGAGAGCGAAUCGCAGAAGUGGGACGCUAUACGCGAGUUUGGGGAAAAAUUAGUUCUAUUGUCGCAGGCUUCUAAGCCUAUCAUUGCCGCCUUGCCACCAAUUCCGCCUUCGCCUUCUAACCCUUACACAGGAGCCCAGGGUACAGGCGCUGCUCGUGCUGCGCUUCAGCAAGCACUUGAUAACUAUACCCCUGGGAGUACAUACUUUGCCACACAGCCCGGCGCAGACCUUUCACGGGCUGACACCCAAUCAUUUGGGGAGAGUCACGCCUCUGAACUUCACAGUCUCGCAUCCCAUGAUAGUCAUCCGGGUGUACCCAUCACACCUCCACCUCAAGAAGCAGAAAAGUCCGGAGAUGCUCCAAUUGACCCGAGCACACUCAAUCUAUCUCCUGCUCCGAUUCCGGAAGAUCACUCGGUUUCUUCCAUCGUAAUUCCGGAAGCUGCACCUCCUACGGUGGCUGAAACUGGAGUUCCCAUACCUGCGAGUGCGAGUGGUCCAGGCCCCGCUAGCGGUUCUCUUCGUGACGUACGCCGUGCCUCGGAUGCUGCGGGACCACGAAGUGGCGGUCUCCCUGGCAACUCACCAUUUGAUGAUCUAUAUGGACAGCCACACGAGACCGCAGCAGAAGAGAAGAGUCGGCUUGAGCGUGAAGAGCGAGAGCGGGUAUCCUCAACGGGGACACCCGGUACUUCUGAACAUGAGUCUGCCGAGGAAGAGAAGAAAAGACUUGAGAGAGAAGAGAGGGAACGAGUUCUUGCUAACGCUGACACUAGCAGCGGAAAUGCACGCAACAAUGAUGGUGAAGAGCUUCCCCCAUACCAGGACAUUGAAUAAGUAGGGGAUUUAUUUCGUAUCUCCAAGUUGUAUAUAGUUUGUAUGUGAUUCGUUCUUGACAACGCGGGAAACCAAUCAGCAAG